UAGAAAUUCCCGUAAAUUUACGGAAUUGUUUUGUAUGCCUAACAAAACCGAUACGGAAAUCGUCCGAAAGAUAAUUGAUUGCGAAAUCAAAUCAUUGAACGGUGUAUCCAAUGAUGUCAAACAAUUGAAAGCUGAAUGGCAAAAAUUUGGUGAACAAUGUAUAACAACGGCUGAUUUGGAUCAGGAAAUGGCCGACUAUACUAAAGUGGAUAUAAAAUCGGAAAAUUUUUUAAUAAAAUUAAAAUUAUUACAAUCAUGUUCAGAUAAAUUUGGCGACUGUCUAGCAACUAAACGUACUGAAAAAUUUAUGAAAGAUUUCGAGAAAGUUGCCCAAAAAUAUUACGAUUCAUUAAAAGUUUAUUAUUUGUUUUUGUUGAGCACCGGUAGYCAAACCGAUGAUACCAUUGACUGUCUGAAUGGUAUACGUAUUAUAUCAAUGGUUAUUACUGUAGCUACACAUACUAGUUUUGAUACAAGAUUGAUUGCAGCAAAUGUUGAUGACGUCCGACAAUUGGAGAAAACAUUUUGGUUACAAUCUGUAAUGAAUUUUACCCAUUCGGUUGAUAUAUUUUUCCUGGUUUCGGGAUUCCUGAACGCCUACGGUAUUAUCAAAUGGGUUAAUAAAACGGGACGAUUGCCAACAAUCGGUUAUUGGUUGAUAGCGAUAGCCAAAAGGUAUAUAAGGAUAACACCGUCGGUAUUGGCAUUUAUUUGGGCAACAAUUGCUGGCGAACUACUGUUUACUGGACGACCCCUAUGGCACCUAUUACAAAAAUUGGGAAUUGCUAUCAAUUUAUUGACAAUAUUAGCUGCCUGUACAUGGAUUGGUGUAGUGAUUGGCCAAAAUGGUUUGACACCGACACAGAUAAAAACAAUUUUGUAA